AUGACCUACUUAGGACCAAGUCAGCGACGGUCACUCUCAAAGUCCACCAAGGAUGAACUGAAGGUGCUUCAGCAAGUCAAUGGAGGAGAAAACCUCUGUGUCUUUAAGGGCCUUGUUAGUGCAGGAGAGCAGUUUGAGUUUGUGUCUCAGAGGCACAGAGGUUUCCCCUUCAGCGCCAGCUUGUAUGUCAACGGCAUCAUGGUGGCUCGGAUCAGCUCCUGCUGUGAGUACCGCUACGCUCCCGGCUUUCAGCAGGGCAGGAAAAGCUACUUCAGACUGAGCUGGCUGGCUGGUGGGACCCCCUGCUACAGAUGCACUAGUCUCCGCAACAAAUACAGCUCCUGCCAACAGCUGAACAACGGCACAAAGGAAAACUUAAUUCUCCCUCUCGAGCAGAACACUGGCAAUGGCACCAUCGAGUCGUGUCCAUCAUCCCCUCUUUUUAUCCCAGCCAAACCUGAGAAGAUAUCAGUGAGGAGAACUAGAAAACACGUUAAGGAACGCAGCGGAGGAUCCACUGACAGUGAAGAGGCUGUUGUUUCUGGGAUAAAAGAAAAAUUCAGGAGGAAAAAACACAAGGGUCAAACCGAUCAGAAAGAGAGCAAAGGAAAGACAGGUGGGAAAAGCAGAGGGGAAGAUGAGCAAGACGGCAAGGGCUCAGAGAGAUCAACAGUGCCUGAACAAUCUGAGGAGCAGAGAGGACAGAAACCCAACCACUCAAAAACAAGGGGGAAAGCCACUAAGCCGCAGACAGAACAGCUGCCAUCAAACAAGACAAGUAAAACCGUUGAUUCAUUGCAGGAUGAGGAGGGACUGACUAAGCAGAACAGAAAGGAGCAGAGAGACCUUAAAUCAGAUGGGAAAACCAGCGAUGGGGGUAGACUGAAGGACUUCUACAAAGAAUGUGUGGAAAUGAGUGUUGAGUUGAAUCAGAGCCCAAACAAACACUGGUUCAAGGCAAACAUCCUAGAGAGGCGCCGGCUCCAGAAGAGGAUGUCGUCAUCAUGCCCCAAAGCUCAAAACUCCGAUGUGGAGCUGAGUGCAGAAAGUGACACAGUACUGCAGCCUGAUGGAGAGCCAGCAGAGGAGGAGGUGGACACUGCAGGCCAGGAUGCUGCCAAAGAGGAGCCUGUACAAGAACAAGACCUGCAGGCACAGCUUGAUGCCAUGAUGACGGUGUUGAGCACAUCUGAUGAGGUUGAGCAGCUGGUUCUGAGGAACACCGAACUGACAGAUGACCUUUUAUUCAGUCUCGCGGGGGUUCUGAAGAACAGUGCGUCUGAAGUCACGUUGCUCAAUCUCAACCUGAACCUCAUCGGCCCCUACGGCGCUCACAUCCUGCUGGACGUCCUGAGAGUAAAGCCGCAGGUCCAACGCUUACACUUGUUUGGGAACAAACUGCGCGACCACGGAGUGCUGACCCUCUUGAGUGGCGUAGCGGAGCUGCAGGAUCAAACUGCAGCAGCUGCCGCAGCCAUCUACCAGAUGCUGCCUUUCCCAUUAGAGCAAAAUGCGCUGCUGCAGCUCCCCACCGGCUGGAGCUCUUUUAGGGCUUUUACGCUUCUGGAACUGGAUAUCGGUGGAAAUGGCCUCGGCAGCGAUGGGGUCAAGGUUUUAGCAUCAUACAUAAGAUCCCACUCACAGCUGCAGUACCUGGGGCUGGCACAAACAGAUAGCGCUGAUCUGUCUGCGUGGAAGGAACUUUUCGACAGCCUGAAAGGCAACAACUCUCUGACUCAGAUCAUCUUAGAUGAGAACAAUCUGGGGGACCCCGGAGUCAGGCUGCUGGCAGACAUGUUGAAAGAGAACACGAGUCUGCAGCAGGUGGACCUCGACAGGAACGGCAUCAGCGAUGUGGGAGGAAAUGACAUCAUGGGGGCGCUGCUCUGCAGGACUCAGGUAUCCCUGACAUAUCUUAGCCUUGAUGAGAACACCAUAAGUGAAGGAUUGAUGAGCAGAAUACAGGAGCAAAUAAAACCUGCAAGAAUGACUGAGUAAGGUUGAAAAACCCCAACAAGUUGUGCAAAUUAAACAGCCUUGAUCCCUGGUGUUCACUGUUUGAUGACAGAUGAACAAACUGACUCAUUUGAUUUGUUUUAUCAUCAAACACAUACACUCACACAAAUGUCUCUUCCUUCCUACAAGUGGGUGGCCCUGUGAAGAAAUGCUGCCUCUCGGUUUGGUGCAGGCAGGUAGUGUAGGAGGUCUGUUUGCUUUUGAGCCGCGCUGCGGUGUGGAGGCAUUUUCAAAGACGUUUCAGUGAACUAAACCUUUCUUUUGUGCAGCAAGGUUACAUCUGCACCUUCACCUUCCCAGCAGCAUGCCCCCUGCGACUCAACACCCACCUCUUCUAAAACCAACUUCAUCGCGGGGCUCACCGAUCUCUCUGUCGUUUUAUUGAAUAAUUUGCUUCCUCUUCACCAAAAAGAAACCGCUAUGAAUCAUUCCACCCACAGUAUUUACAAGUGGAUGACUUACCCGCAGCAUUUCCACCUCAGAACUUUACAGCAGUCGUCAACACAUGCCGAUCUUCACUCCUCCAAAUCAGAAGAUUGGUACAGACGGCAAAGCCGUGACAUAUCACCAACCCUCAUUUAGUCCUCCUUGUCUUUUCACGUGCUAGACAGAGCUUCUAUUCAGAGUGCGACGGAGAAAAAAAAAGACAAAACUGGCGAGAAUUUAUGUGAAUCUUAAGGCCAUCAUCUCAUUGUUCUAACAUCACAGACAUUCUGAGAAUAACUGUACCUGUGAUCAUAGCUUGUCAGGGUGGUAAUUAUCUCGUCCUCUCAGGGCUGCCAUCGGUGAAUCUGCCGAAACCAACCCGUCCAUAUUUCAUCUGCAGUCUUAGCAAAUUCUUUUUUGUGGAACUCUGAAAAAGAUGCCUCCAGAAGGAUGACAGAUAAAUGAGACUGAUGUUUCUGAAGAUCACAUCCAUGCUUUGCUGUUUUAGACUGAGUUUCUGUUUGGGAUGUUACAAGGUGCCAUGAAAAUGUUUUUGCCUCCUUAACAGUUUGUUCUUUCAGCUUUUUUUAAAAUCACUUAAAUGUUUCAGAUCAAACAAAUUUUACAGUCAGACCAAAAUGACCUGAGCAAAACUAAAAUGCACAAAUCAACAAUUCCUCAGCAAGGAGGCUUCAAGUAGCUGGGUUUAGACCAAUAUUCUGUUCUUCACAAUCAUCAUUUGAAAACUGCCCGUUGUAUUUAACCAAAUACUUAUUCAAGACACUGUACAUUUUUUAGCCUAGGAAAUUUGUUAAGACACAGAUUGUUUCCAAUUUUUUACUAUUUUAAGGUCUCUGUACUCACAUUUGAAUUAAAGAAAGAGGUACACCAUUCAGCCUGGAUGAGAAUAGGCUGGUAAACAGGACCUGCCCUGUAAUUCAAAGACUCCUUCUGUUAAGGUGUUGUGCGUCUCUGUUACCGCUGAACCUCACAUCACUGAUCCCAUUGUCUGUCUGGUAAUGUACUUGAAAGAAAUCCUGCAGCAUCACAAGCUUCUUUCAGCUACUUUUCAAAGAACAAGACCUUCAACCACAAAAGCCUCAAUCUGGAAGGAAUUUUCUGUG